ACACUCAACACAAUAUUAACAGUUACAAGAAAUGGAUCAUACGAGAGGAAAGAACGCAGUGAUGGUUCUAUCUUCUGAAGAUGAAGAAGAAGAAGAAGACAGCGAUUGCGAAGAAAGCGAUUGCGAUGAAGCGUCCGAAUCCGAUGACGGUGACGUUGAUGAUUCCUCCCUCUCCAACAAAGUCGUCGCCCUCCUUCGAGAAGGAAAAGAUAUCGAAUCUUUGAAAUUAAACGAAUGCAAAGCGUAUCUACGGAAUCAUGGCUUGAGGAUCGCAGGAAAUAGAGAUGUUUGUGUUGCCAGGAUAAAGGAGCAUUGGAGGUUAAAACAUGGAAGUGGCUACACGCUAUACCCGAGAUCGUCCUUUACCAUUAAUUGUACUGGUGAUGUCUGCAUGGGAGAUGUUGUUCUGUUCAGACAGAAAGUUUAUGAAAAGUUUGAUAAAGUGACUCGGCAUGGAAAAACUCUAGGAAACAGAACUGUUGCUGGGAGGGUUGUGAAGGAGAGCUAUGGUGCAGCUAAACAACAGCAUACCUUUACUGUUGAGGUGUUGUGGAGUAGUGGGGUUAGGAAAUUGCCUCCACUAUCUCCUUUGCUUGUAAAGGGCCGGAAUCUCUAUAAACAGAAAACUUACAGACAGAGAUGGAAAAAUGAAGCUGAUAGAAUCGAGGUGCUUCGUGAGAAGCACGGACGUGGUGCAGCAGCGAGAUCUAUAAGAUCAUUGAAGCGAAAAAAUAAAAGCUGUUAUGCAAAUGAAUCUAAAGGUUCAAAACGGCAGCAUGAAAUCCAUACUAAAAAACAAUCAAAAAUAGGAAGAUCCAAUGUAGUAGACAAGGUUAGGCACCAAGAUGGCUCCAAAAGAGCAAACAACUUUCAACCUCGAGAGGUCACUUCAUCAAGUCAAGCAACACAGAAGGAGAAAGCAUCUUCAAGAGCCUCCAGAUACACAAGGGGAAGGCACAAUUCGGCUGAAUUUGACCGCUACCAAGUUCCAGUUUAUCCAUUACACAAUUAUCCACAGUACACACCAAGCAGGAAUGAGCCAAGUGAGUUCUUUUAUCACAUCAGAGACCUAAUUCCAAAUAUGACAGAAUUCCCACCUUCCAGGCCUCGUGUUGGUGAAUUCGCAUCUAGAUCCCAACUUCCAGUAUCCAACGAUAUUUGUCAUGCUCGUACAAACCUAUACGACUUUGAAAUGAGGAAUUAUGGAUGGAGGAAAUACGAUAUAUGAUGUGAAUUGUGAUCUAUUUUUCAUUAAGAAGACUCAAGAGUACUGAGUUUUGUUUCGCCUUUUCACAAUGGCAUGGUCUGGGCUUCUCAUUUGCGCUUUUCCAGUCUGUUCUAGUGAGAACGUUCACAUUCCCAAUGGAUGGAAUGUUAGCAUUCUUUUUUUCAAAUGUGGUCUCGGGUAGAAUGUAUAAAUACAACAUCGAUUGAUGAUGUUUUUUGGUUGAGAUUGUUUUUCAGUUGAUGUCAGCUAGAGUUUUUUUCAGUCAAUGUUGGUUGGACUUAUUUUUUGGUCAAUGUCAUCUAGAGUUUUUUCGGCUGAUGUUGACUAAUGAUUUUUUCGACAGAUGUCGAUUGUGACUAUUUUUCAGUCAAUAUCAGUUAGGGUUUUUUGCGCUCAACAUCAAUCGAUACUAUUUUUUGGCUGA